UUAUUUUUUUUUGCAUGCUCGAUAGAAACAAGAACCGGAUUUUAUUACAUUUUACAGCGCUGGAGCUCGAGGUGGGGUUGCAUGCUUUAAACGUGAAGCCGCCUUUUGUUGAGGGUCCGGGCUGUUACCGCCGCCAACUAACCCAACGCACCUCGCUCGGUUGUAUAUAUUUAUAUAAUAAUUUUUUUUCUUAACGUGUCCAUGCAGGCUCGGUUUUACCUGGAAGUCUCUUCCCCGAGCACACACACACACACACACACCAGUCAUUGUAUGGGUCGGUGUUUGUGUGUGUGUCUCCGGCGUGCAUACACGCUGCGAGAUAGUUCCACGCGCAGAGGCCGACCACAGCACACAACAACUACAGCAAAGGGGAGGGGGCUCUAAACAUGGUCGGUGUGCGGGGAAGGAGCAGCGGGUUCAGCCGUCUUUCUGCAGAUUUGUGCGACCGCCGACGGAGUCAAUCCCUUGUUUGUGUGGCACCGUCCGCUGCGUGAAGGCGCACACAUGAGACAGAAAUAGCCCUGGAAAUAAGCGCGGAUUAAUCUGAGUUAAACGCGUUACCGUUGUGCGGUCAGUCCGCUCAUUUUUUUUUUUUGGGUUUGUUGUUGCGGUCAGUGAGUUUAACAGCCCCCUGUAUUUUUUUUCCUGUGAGAACUUGACGCCGUGUCGUGCUGCUGCAGGCCUGACCCGUGUGAUUUACUUCCUAGGUCUGAAGAGCUGAGGAAAUAUGAGCGACAAGGGGACAGUCUCGCCGAAAGAGAAGGAGGCAACAGAGAAGAGGGGGCGUGGAAGACCCCGCAAGCAGCCCCAAGUAAAGACCUCUGACGAACCAAGCGGCUCCCCGGCUCCCAAGAGGUCCAGAGGACGGCCGAAGGGCAGCAAAAACAAGACGGCCACCAAGGGCAAAAAGGCGGCAGCACCAGCCCCGGCUGUGGGGGGGAAACGCAGAGGGAGACCUAAGAAGGAGGAGAAGGAAGAAAAAGCAUCCCAGGAAUCAUCUGAGGAGGAGGAGGAGGAGGAGGAAGAUGAAGAAGACCAGUAAUUACAACGCAUGCUACCUCACUCAACAUACUGACUUACUGUUAACCAGAACUGGGCUGUAUCUCCAACACCAGGUGCCACCACAUGACCACUGUUCACGACAAAGCCCUCUUUGCCAAAAGGAGGGUUAAACACAGUACAAAUAUCAUGCAGCCGCACUGGAUAGAACGAUGGACCUUUUGCUCAAGCAUAGAUCUAAGAAUUACAUGAAAGGUAACGGUCCUUUUCUCAACACGUCAUGUUAUCACGAGUCUUUUAUACUGGACAAAGGUGUGCUCAGAGGAGCAUGGACAUUUCAGUUUUUCCCCCUAAAGAUGGUUUGUAGGACAUUUCCUCUGCUUAAUGUUACUUAUUUGUUGAACCUGCAUCUGAGAUGGUAGGGCAUAUAGAUUUCUUUCCUCCAUGUUUUGUACUGGACAAAGGUGAAUUUUACCUAAACUUUUUUUUUUUUUUUUUUUUUGUGUGUGUGUGUUCCGUGUGAAGUGGUUAACCUAUCCUUUGCAUCGUAUUAUAGAUGGAGUUGAACUUCAGCGUUUAAGAUGAGAUAACAGGCGGUAGGGUGUAUUUUUCCUGCUUUUUAAAAAAACAAAAUCUGCAUUAACUGAUUUUGCCCCAUCCCACCAGUAGAGCAGAAUCCUCUUCACCACCUUUUACCCACAUCCUGUCGGACAGUUCAGGUCUCGUUACGCUUCUCGAACUUCCUUCAAGGUCCUCUGCGUGUAGUUGGGAGAUGUAACGUGUAUUGUUAGUCUGAUUACUUACUGUUUUUGUUCCUUCGGGUUACAUACCAUUUAAACAAACAUGAGUGUGCUGCUUUUCAAUAAAACUCAAAUCUUUUUUUUUUUUUUUGGUAUGUGUUUUUAAGGAUGGUAGGCAGAGAGCAUCAGUGUCAUUUCUUCAGGGAGCUUUUUACGAAUGCCGUCACAUCGGCGUCUUUGUCCUCAACAUGGUGUCUUUGUCUUCACGUGGUCCUCGGUUUCCAUGCGCUCACCCAAUCACUCGCAAGGCAAAUUGCAAUUGGUCAAACCAGGAGUUUGAUUGUAAUGGAGGAUAGUUGGUGGCAUUUACUAUCCAACAGGGCUGCAAGUAUGUUUUUCAUUCCAUCGAGCUCACUGCUUCGCCUAGCUCGGUCCUUCUGUCAUCACCUAGAACAGUAAUCUACUUAAAUAGUCUUUUGAAGAUGUGUGUUGUUCGCUGUCUGCUACAAGAAGAGAAAAAAAAAAAAGUUUGUGUAUUUCUAAGUGUCAGGGAACCUGCAGUCACAGUCCUCUUAACUGGGUUUUUUCCACACACCUAAGCUGCUACAACCUCAGUUACGAACCCGGAAAACUGCAAACAGGCGAUACAAGGCCUGGAAUUUCAUACCUCACUCAAUGGCUUACUUUACAGUGUAAUUGCAUUUAACUGGGGUUUUUUUAAUGUAACCUCUGGCAUGAGUUAGAAAAUUGUUAUUACAAAGGUUUUUAUUUUUAUUUUAACCUGUCAUGGUAUAUCCAAGAUGUCAAAUGUUGUGAUUGUGUGCUCACACGCAGCACGUCGUGGCUCGUUCAUAACCGGAGCUCGCAGACCGGUUAAUGUGUGAAGCAAGUCAGGGAGACCUGUCAGCUUGACAACUGUGUUCGCUGACUGUGGUAGACUAGCAGGUGUGUUUUUAUUCUUCUGGUGCACUGAAAUGUUUGGUUCAGAUGUUCAUGGACUAAUGUUUGUGAUGGACUGGCCUCUCUUUUUCCACUUAACUGUCCCGUCGGCCGCCGUGUGUUCGCCACACGGCGGCCGUACUCAUACAACGGUCGUUUCACGUAUCUUUCCCAACAUCCUCAAACUACUCUGGACAAUAUCGGUAUCAUUUUUACAUGCCAACAUCCGUUCAUUUAUAUACUGUCAAUAGGAUGGGAUCAUUCUUUUUAAUGUACACCGUAUAUAAAUGUACAAUGUCUAUAUUUCUAUGGUGCCCUACAACAAUUUGUAUCAGAAAUGGUCAAUAAAGAUUUUUUUCUUUGUCAAUGUUUGUCAUGCAUCCAGUUUUUCCACCCAACACCCCACUAGACUUGCAGGUGUGCAUCGUAGUCCUUGAUACCAUACAGACUAAUUGAGAUGCAGAUGACAAUGAGCAUAAAGACGAGUCGUAUCAAUUUAUUCAUAUUUAAAUGACGGUGAAACUUUUACAGUGCUGCCAAAUUCACAUUUACAUCAGUAGUUCAUUGACUUUUCACGUGCAACCCGAACUCUGUUAUACCAGUGCAAACCAAUGUAAUGAUUGGAUAUUAAUAUAGUUUCAAUUGUGACAAACCUAUUUCACAAAUUAAUUUGUCUUUUAACACAAAAUAUAGUCUUCAGAUAAUUCAUAUAAAAUGAACAGUGAGUUGUAAAGAUGACCGGGGAGCACGGAGGAACAUGUUCAGCGAUAAAAAUGUUUUUAUCCCAAAUCACAAGUGAAACAAUCUAUAAAAACGCUCUCAUUCUGAAACAUCUAGAUGUGACGCAUAACAUCAAGUCCAGGCAUCAUCUGUCCAAGACAUUUAU